UCAUCGCUAGUGAAUCCGCUACGACGAAACGUCGUGGUGCUAUGAUUGCUGCUGUCUUUGCUAUGCAAGGAUUUGGAAUCUUAUCAGCUGCUAUAAUUUCAACUAUAGUUGUGGCUGCUUUUCAUAAUGCCAUCUCCCCAACUAAUUAUGCAAAUAUUGAUUACAUAUGGAGAAUCGUCACCGGUUGUGGUGCUAUUCCUGCUUGUGUCGCUCUUUAUUACCGACUUACUAUACCUGAGAGUCCACGUUAUACUAUGGAUAUUGAACGUAAUGUCGAUCAAGCUUCAACAGAUAUCUCCACUUCAUUAGUGUCUAAUAAAUACAAACCUCGUGAUCAGAAUGUUGUCGUUAAAGUUGAUGCUCCAGAAUUUAGCGUCAAUGAUUUCUUUUCUCAUUUUGGUCAAUGGAAAAAUGGAAAAGUUUUAUUCGGCACUGCUUUUACAUGGUUCGUUUUAGAUAUAGCUUUUUAUGGUGUCGGUCUUAAUAAUAAUAUUAUCUUGCAAAAUAUUGGUUUUCUUGGUGAUGGUAAAGAUCCUUUUGAAACGUUAUUUAAAGCUUCUAUUGGUAAUAUUAUCAUCGCAUUGUUGGGUACUGUACCUGGUUACUGGAUUACUGUAUUCACCAUUGAUAUUUGGGGUCGACGUCCAAUUCAACUUAUGGGUUUUGCUGUAAAUACCAUACUAUUCAUUGUCCUCGGAGCUGCAUAUUGGCAAAUCAGAUCUAUUUCUUGGCUUUUUAUCUUAAUAUUUACAUUAGUUCAACUCUUCUUUAAUUUUGGUCCCAACGUUACUACUUUCGUUGUGCCUGGUGAAGUAUUUCCAACUCGUUACCGUUCGACUGGUCAUGGAAUAAGUGCUGCAUCUGGUAAAUUAGGUGCAAUCAUUUCACAAGUUGGAUUUUUCAAAUUGAAAGACCUUGGAGGGGCUCCCGAUUCACUUGCUUUCAUAAACUGGUUAUUCGUGAUCUUCGCCGUUGUUAUGUUUUCUGGUAUGGUUGUCACUUACUUUUGUAUACCUGAGACAAAAGAUCUCUCAUUGGAAGUCUUGUCAAAUGAAGAUCAAGAAGGCUUUGUUAGAGGUGCACACAGAAUCGAAAGGUCUCCACCACCUAAAAUUCAAGGCUGGCCAAAAAAAAAAGUUGAUCACAAUAUUAUUAAACAAAAUUAUGAAAUCUAA